CAAAGUCAGUGACCUCGUUACCGGCUAGUAGACAACAGUACGCUAUACGCUCCACGAUGGUACAGUACCAGUGGAAUGGCUUUCCGUGACGGUUAGCACGAUUUACCUUUUCCGCUUGACAUUUCACCUAAAUCACCGGUUUGGAAAUGGCAUAUCGAAUGGAGUCGGAAAAGGAUUAUGAAGUCGUGUUAAAAAGUUUGGUCGCUGGUGGAAUCGCUGGUAUGUGUUCAAAAUCGACAGUGGCCCCGUUGGAUAGGAUAAAAAUAUUAUUGCAGGCCCACAACAAACAUUACAAACACUUGGGUGUGUUUUCUGGACUGAAGGAAGUGAUCCACCGCGAACGAUUUUUAGCUCUUUACAAAGGGAACUUUGCUCAAAUGAUUAGAAUUUUCCCAUAUGCUGCGACUCAAUUUAGUACCUUUGAAUUUUACAAAAAGUAUUUAGCAGAAGUCUGUGGCGAACAGAAUCAUAUUGAUAAAUUUUUGGCUGGAUCUGCUGCUGGAGUUACAGCGGUCACAUUGACCUACCCGUUGGACAUUAUUAGAGCUCGGCUCGCUUUCCAAGUUACCGGAGAACACAUUUACGUAGGAAUCAUACAUGCAGCUAUCUCGAUUUUUAAAAAUGAAGGCGGUUUUCGAGCGUUGUAUAGAGGCUUUUUGCCAACUAUUUUUGGCAUGAUUCCGUAUGCAGGAUUUUCAUUUUACUCGUUUGAGAAGCUUAAAUAUUUGUGCAUGAAGUAUGCAUCGAGCUAUUUUUGUGAAACAUGUGAUAGAAACACUGGCGGUCUAGUUUUAACAACUACAGCCAGAUUAUUGUGCGGUGGUAUCGCAGGCGCUGUUGCUCAAAGUUUUUCUUACCCAUUAGACGUCACGAGAAGGCGAAUGCAAUUAGGCAUGAUGAAUCAUGCACAUGCGCACAACUACAGCCCUAGCAUGUUAAAGACUAUGAAAAUUAUAUAUAAAGAAAACGGCAUCGUGAAAGGUCUGUAUCGUGGGAUGAGUAUCAAUUAUUUACGGGCCAUUCCUAUGGUAUCAGUUAGUUUCACGAUGUACGAGAUUAUGAAACAGAUACUUAGACUCGACACGGGAAUGAAAUUGUAAUUUACUGACUCGGGAGAGAGACGCAUAUAUUUUUCCAUGUUCCAAUUUUUUAUACCUUAACUUAUAAUUGGUAGAAUAUAAUUAAUGUUAAAAUUUGUUCGCACAAUUGUUCCAAGUACAAAUACUGUUUCAGUUUUAUAUUUCCGAUAUAUAGAAAUGCCGUUCACUUUCCUAAUCUACUUCGUAUUUAUUUAACGAGAACGAUUGCACGUGUGCAAUCACGAGUCUUAUAAGUAUGGGAAACAGACAUUUUCUUUUUUUUUUUAUACAUAAUUCGUAAGAUUACCUUGUAUACUUUGAUCGUUACGUUCGACGAGUGAACAAUUGCAUUUAUAGACAUAAGUUUUAUAUGUAGCGUUGACCAAACGUUCCAGGAACGCUUUUCGUAGGAGAUACGUGAAAAUAAAAAUAGAAACCUGAAAGUUGUGAUACAAUAGUAUAUCGUUGUUGAUGAUAAUAAUAUAUUAGAAUUCUAUCGACCCGAAACACACCGUUUUUGUACAUAGCGAAUGAUACUCAUAAUGGAGAUGGACAUUGUAAAAGAAUGUAUAUAACGAUAAAAUUAGGCACUGUAAUAUCAGGUCUGUAAAUGGUUUAUAAAUAAAUUAUUUCUUUUCUAAUGAAAA